AUGGCAAAUUUUCUCCUCAGGCACGCAGUGCUAAACCCAAUACGCUUGACGCGCCUGUCCUUUCGCAGCCACCAGAAAGCUCACUCAUCAACCUCAAAUUCGACCCCCAAACUCAUCACAACCACUCAAGAUGAGCUUCGUCCACCUUAAUCCUCGCCCCAUGCUGGAGAAGCUUGUCGGGAACCCGGUUCUUGUCCGUCUAAAAUGGGGCGAGGUUGAGUACAAGGGAACGCUGGUUUCCAUCGACAGUUACAUGAACAUUCAGCUUUCCGGCACCGAAGAGUACAUCGAAGACAAGCCUACUGGAUCACUGGGCCAAGUAUUGAUCAGGUGCAAUAAUGUGUUGUGGGUGCGCGGUGCAGAUGCAGGAAGCGACGCUGAUGCCGCUAUGACCGGUUAAUCUGCGUCAGCGGUGAAGGAAUUGUGAGAAGGAGAGGAAUAAGACACGAUGCUCUUGAAGUUUGUAGAGCUUUGGUCUGAUACGAAUCUAAUUCCCGGGGGAUCGACACGACACCGCCUCUUCAACUAUCAUCAAGCCUACGUAAACCAUGUAUCUACACAUGGUUCGCCACGAGGUAGCACUUAUCGAGUUGUUUUCAAAACCUAGAUCUUAAGCUUCAGGCGGACGGCCCAUGACGGCCCACAGUUUGGCAAUGUUUGCUAUAGUUAUAAUCUAAUCACAAACUAUGAAGAUUA